AUGGAAUUAGCUCAUAGCUUAUUGCUGAAUGAAGAAGCAUACAAUCAACUAGGUGAAGUUCAUAAAGCAGAGUUUAUUUUUGAUUGGUUGAGAUAUUUGGAAAAGCUCUUGCUAGCAACCAGCAGGAGUGAUGUGAAGGAGAAACAGAAGACUCUUGUCGAGCAGCUCCUGUCUUUGUUGAACAGCUCCCCAGGGCCUCCUACUCGCAGACUCCUUGCCAAGAAUCUAGGCAUUCUUUAUGGUAUUGGAGACACAUUCUCUGUCUAUGAGACAAUCGAUAAAUGUAAUGAUCUUAUUCGUAGCAAAGAUGACUCUCCAAGCUACCUUCCCACUAAACUUGCUGCUGUGGUAUGUUUGGGUUCCUUGUACAAGAAGUUGGGUAGAAUACUGAGUAACACUUUUACUGAAACAGUGGGGAAUAUUCUUAAAGCUAUGAAGAGUGCAGAGUCUCAAGGUCGAUAUGAGAUUAUGUUGAGCCUGCAAAAUAUAUUGAAAGGACUUGGAGCUGCUGCUAUACCUUGCCACAGAGAUAUUUAUAAAGCUGCCAGAUCCUGCUUAACCGAUAGGUCCAUGGCUGUUCGUUGUGCUGCUGCAAAGUGUCUCUUUGAACUUCAGAAUGAGGCCAGCUUCAUGUGGAGUACAGAUCUGGACAGUGUGGCUACGCUAUGUUUUAAGUCAUUUGAAGGUUCCAAUUAUGAUGUGCGGAUUUCAGUUUCAAAGCUACUAGGGACAGUGUUGGCUAAAGCUAUACUUUCUAAACAUCCAGGAGCAGCAGCCUCACGUCAAAGCAUUCGCAGAGUAUCUCUGGAGGAAGUUCUGGAAAUACUAGGAACAGGGUUUCUACGUGGGAGUUCAGGAUUUCUUCGAGCCAGUGGUGAUAUGCUGAAAGGAACCAGUUCAGUCAGUAGGGAUGUUCGAGUUGGAAUUACUCAGGCAUAUGUGGUGUUUAUUUCAACACUAGGAGGAGCGUGGCUAGAGAAGAAUUUUGCUGCCUUUCUUUUUCAUGUCCUAAGCCUUGUGUCACAGUCACACCCUAAAGUCACUCAAGCUCAGGUGGAUGCUGUCUGCAGUCGCCGUUGUGUUUCAUUUAUCCUUCGAGCGACUAUAGGAGGCCUUCUUGGAGAAAAGGCUCAGAUUGCUGCUGCCAGAGAUAUUUGCCAGACUAUUUGGAAGUUAAAGAAAGUUGUCGAUGCUGUGAUGUGUGACGGUAAUUUGGAAACCCGGCUUGGCUCAUCAGAUGUAGCAGCCAGCCAGCAUAUGCUGGUAUGUGCUUUACAAGAACUCGGAAAUCUCAUACACGGUCUUGGGACCACAGCUGCACCUUUGCUGCAGGAUUCAAGUGCAGGCAUUCUUGACAGUGUCAUUUCAGUUAUUAUUCAUCCUAGCAUUUCUGUUCGGCUAACAGCAGCCUGGUGUCUACACUGCAUUGCUGUGGCUUUACCUUCUUACCUAACACCGCUCUUGGACCGUUGCCUUGAAAGGCUUACUGUACUUAAGUCUUCACCCGAAGCAGUGACUGGCUUUAGUUUUGCUGUGGCAGCUUUAUUGGGAGCAGUGAAACAUUGUCCUUUAGGAAUUCCUCAUGGAAAGGGCAAGAUUAUUUUGACAUUAGCCGAGGAUUUGCUGUGUUCUGCUACUCAAAACAGUCGCCUUUCAGCUCAACGCACACAAGCUGGAUGGUUGUUGAUUGCUGCUCUGAUGACAUUAGGUCCUGCAGUUGUCAGUCAUCACCUUGCUCGUGUCCUGCUGUUGUGGAAGUGUGUCUUUCCAGUGUCUCCUAAAGAUCUAGAGACAGAAAAGAGCCGAGGAGAUUCGUUUACAUGGCAGGUAACCUUAGAAGGACGAGCUGGUGCACUCUGUGCUAUCAAGAGCUUUGUUUCCCACUGUGGUGAUCUCCUUACAGAGGAAGUAAUUCAGCGUCUUCUUCCACCACUUCCUUGUGCUGUGGCUUUGCUAACUCAGCUUUCUUCAAUAAUAAAAACAUAUGGAAGUCCUUUGAAAACACCAUCAGUAGUAUAUAGACACAGGCUUUAUGAAUUACUGAUUCUAUUACCUCCUGAGACCUAUGAAGGACACCUCUGUGCUAUCCUCAAAGAGCUGACUGCUGACUUGACUGGCCCUGACAUACAGGUGGCAGCAUCCACAUUUUUACUUCCACCCCUCUGUCAUCAGGAAGAUCUUUUGUUAUUAAGUCCUUUGCUACAAGAGACUGACCAUAGAUUUAUUGAGGAACAGCUCCUGCUUAGUAAUAGUAUUACUUGUGGAAGCCUUGAGUACGACGCCUAUUCUGUUUAUGAGAAAGAUGUAGGGGGAGAAUCGGUGCCUAAGCCCCUACCUCCAGCACUGUCAGUGAUUAGCUCUGCAGCCAAGCUCUUUGGAGUUGUAUGUGCUCAUGUGGGAGAAGCUCAAAGGCUUCUUACAUUGGAACAGCUUUUGGACAGUAUAAAGCACACAAAAGGAGCUCGUCAACAAGUAGUUCAGUUACAUGUCGUUUCUUCAGUUUCCAGUUUCUUAAAGUAUGUGGCUGGCUCCAAGGGAAGUUUGGGUCCAGAAGAAAUGAGAAGACCUGCCCUAGCAUUAGUGACAGGAGCCUUAGAAAGUCCCAACCCCCUCUUGAGAUGUGCAGCUGCAGAGGCAUGGGCUAGGUUAGCCCAAGUGGUUGACGAUGGACCUUUUACUGCUUCGUUAGCUCAAGUUAGCUUUGACAAACUGAAAUCAGCAAGGGACGUGGUUACCAGAACAGGGCAUUCAUUGGCUUUGGGAUCCCUCCAUAGGUAUUUAGGAGGAAUAAGUUCUCAACAUUUGAAUUCUUGUAUAGGAAUCCUAUAUACUUUGUCUCAGGACAGUACAUCUCCUGAUGUGCAGACCUGGGCACUACACUCUCUGUCAUUGAUCAUUGAUUCUGCGGGCCCACUCUAUUAUAUGCAUGUGGAACCUACCCUUUCUCUUAUUAUAAUGUUGUUGUUAAAUGUGCCUCCUACUCAUGCUGAAGUCCACCAAAGUCUCGGUCGUUGUUUGAAUGCCCUUAUUACUACAUUAGGUCCAGAGCUACAAGGUAGCAGUACUUCAGUUUCUACCUUGAGGACGUCCUGUCUGUUGGGUUGUGCAGUGAUGCAAGAUAACCCAGACUGCCUUGUUCAAGCUCAGGCCAUCUCUUGCCUUCAGCAGCUUCAUAUGUUUGCUCCACGACAUGUCAACUUGUCUAGCCUGGUCAGCUGCCUCUGUGUGAAUCUUUGCAGUCCCUAUUUGUUACUGAGAAGAGCAGUACUGGCUUGUUUACGUCAGCUUGUACAGAGAGAGGCAGCUGAAGUUUCAGAACAUGCUGUUACGCUUGCUAAGGAUAGCAGAAAAGAGUUGACUCCAGAUGCUAACAUCAGAGAAGUGGGCCUUGAAGGGGCAUUACUGACCUUACUGGACAAAGAGACAGAUCAAAAAUUGUGCCAUGAUAUCAAAGAGACUUUAAAUCAUAUGCUCACAUCUAUGGCAGUGGACAAACUUUCCUUUUGGUUAAAGCUUUGUAAAGAUGUACUUGCUGCAUCAGCAGAUUUUACAGCUGUAACUUGUGUGGAUACAAUGCAAGAAGAGGAAGGUGAUAAAGGGGAUGAUGACUCAGUUCUGACCACCAGAAGUGAUGACAGAUCCCAUCCCUUUACCAAUCCCCGGUGGGCCACUAGAGUCUUCGCUGCUGAAUGUGUCUGCAGGAUAAUUAACCAGUGUGAGAGUGCACACUGCGCACAUUUUGACAUUGCUUUAGCACAAGAAAUGAAAAAAAAGGAUUCAAGAAAUGACUUUUUGGUGCUGCAUCUUGCCGACUUGAUUCGCAUGGCUUUUAUGGCUGCCACAGAUCAUAGUGACCAGCUCCGUCUUUCUGGCCUUCAAAUGUUGUUAAUUGUUAUUCGGCGAUUUGCAACUAUUCCAGAACCAGAGUUUCCAGGACACGUGAUUCUGGAACAGUAUCAAGCCAAUGUAGGAGCUGCACUUAGACCAGCCUUCACUUCAGAGACAGCACCUGAUGUCACUGCCAAAGCAUGUCAGGUUUGCAGUGCCUGGAUAGCAAGUGGAGUUGUAAGUGACCUUAAUGAUCUCCGAAGAGUUCAUCAUUUGCUUGUCUCAUCAUUAACAAAAAUACAGGCUGGAAAAGAAGCUCUAAGUCACUUAUAUAAUGAAAGUGCUUCUACCAUGGAGAUCUUAGCUGUGCUAAAAGCCUGGGCAGAGGUCUACAUAAUCGCUGUAGAAAGACAUAAAAACAACAAACAACCUCUGACAACUACCUCCUGUCUAGAGGAGAGUGUUAGAGAUGGGUCAGACUCAUCGCCUGGACUGCUUGACUUGGUCCACACAGACCUGGGCACUCUAAGUAGGCUCUGGCUUGCUGCGCUGCAGGAUUUUGCUCUCCUAACCCUGCCUUCUGAAUUUGCCUCUCAACUCCCUAUUAAAGGUGGUGCUUUCUAUACAGCAGAGACAAGUGAAAAUGCAAAAUUGCAUUAUAACAAUUCGUGGGCGCUUAUCCUCCACGCUACAGCACUGUGGCUUACAAGCACAGGCUUCGUUGUUGCUGACCCAGAUGAAGGAGCAUCCAAUCUCUCCAGGCCUGUAACACCAACUUCCAUGUGCCAGGGAUCAUCCUCUGGGGCCAUAGCAAAGUCCCCUGAGGAUGUUUUCUCUGAUCGAUUCCAUCUUAUUUUAGGAAUCAGUGUGGAAUUUCUGUGUUCCUUGCGCUCAGAUGCAACCAUGGAAAGCAUUACUGCUUGUUUACAUGCGUUACAGGCCCUUCUGGAUGUUCCUUGGCCCAGAUCUAAAAUUGGCAGUGAUCAGGCCUUGGGUAUCGAGUUGUUGAAUGUACUGCAUCGAGUAAUUUUGACCCGAGAAUCACCUUCCAUUCAGUUGGCUUCACUUGAAGUGGUAAGACAGAUUAUCUGUGCAGCACAAGAACAUGUGAAGGAGAAAAGACGAAGUGCAGAAGUUGAUGAUGGGGCUGCUGAAAAGGAAACCCUGCCAGAAUUUGGAGAGGGAAAGGACACAGGAGGACUUGUGCCUGGGAAAUCUUUGGUUUUUGCCACACUGGAAUUGUGUGUAUGCAUUCUAGUUAGACAGCUCCCAGAACUAAAUCCUAAAUUGACAGGUAGCCCAGGAAUAAAAGCUACAAAGCCACAGAUGCUGUCAGAAGAUGGAAGUAGAUUGGUUUCAGCGGCCUUAGUUAUCCUCUCUGAACUUCCCGCAGUGUGUUCUCCUGAAGGAAGCAUCUCAAUUCUCCCUACGAUACUGUACCUCACAGUUGGGGUCCUGAGAGAAACUGCUGUGAAAUUGCCGGGGGGCCAGUUAUCUUCAACAGCCGCCGCUGCCCUGCAGGCUCUGAAAGGAGUGCUGUCUUCUCCCAUGGCCAGCGCAGAGAAGAGCCAGGCUGCUUGGACUGGCCUGCUCCGGAGCGCUUUAGCCACAAUUCUGGGCUGUUGGGAUCCAGUAGAUGGAUCACACCAAGAACUUGAUGAAGUCAGUCUGCUUACUGCUAUCACAGUAUUUAUUUUGUCUACCAGUCCAGAAGUAACUAUCAUCCCAUGCCUUCAAAAGCGCUGUAUUGAGAAAUUUAAAGUUGCACUUGAGAGUAAAGAUGCUAUGGUACAAAUCAAGACCUACCAGCUCCUACUUUCCAUUUUUCAGUAUCCAAAUCCAGCUGUUUCCUACCCUUACAUUUACUCUUUAGUCUCCUCUAUCAUGGAAAAACUACAGGAAAUAGACCAAAAAGAUCCUGAAGACGCCACUGAGCUUCAGAUCUUUCAAGAAGGUAUAAAGGUCUUGGAAGCACUGGUAACCAUUGCUGAAGAGCAGCACCGCUCUCAGCUGGUGGCUUGUCUUCUACCCAUCCUCAUUUCCUUCCUUUUGGAUGAAAAUGCUCUGGGAUCAACAACUUCCAUAAUGAGAAAUUUACAUGACUUUGCUUUGCAAAAACUCAUGCAAAUUGGGCCUCAAUAUUCAUCAGUGUUUAAAAGUGUGAUGGCUUCUUCUCCAGCCCUGAAAGCCCGCCUUGAGGCUGCUAUAAAAGGCAAUCAAGAAAGUGUCAAAGUCGGGACACCAACAUCUAAAUAUACUAACCACCCUGGGAAGAAUUCAAGCAUCCAAUUGAAGACCAGUUUCCUCUGA